AUGCGACGCCAAUACACAUUCGUGCAGUACUAUCUGACUGCAGCGGUCACCACCGCCGUUUUACUUCUUGCGCUCGCUAGCGCACCCGCUGCCCAUGCAGCAGACGUCGAAACACAGGCCUCCGAUGUGGAGAGCCGACCGAAACUAGGCGAACAGGCCAUUGGCGAAGGAACAGGGUUUCCGAUCGCGCUGGGCUCCUUCAAUGGGCUUGAGAUUCGAGUUGAUGCGGAUGAGGAUGGAGAACUGGACUUGGUCCGACGGAAAUAUCCCAGCAAUGCGAAGUCUCUAGGGAACAACGAGUUCUGGCGGGAUAAUAUCACAGUGGGAACGACCAAGUACUUUUUUAUCACCAAGGAGACUGUGAAUAUGAAGUCGACCUUCACGCACUCGGAUCUACCUGCGAACCUCACCUCCCGAGGCGAGGUUGUGUCUUCCGGGACGUCACACCAGGACCUUCGGAAACGAGCAACAAACCCGAUCUACUUGUCUCUCACAACCUGCGACAAGCCUGAUUCAAAUCAUUCCAGCCCUGGAUCAUUCCCGCAGCUGGAAUUCUACUACUCGACAUCAGAAAAACUGACAGAGCCUGGUCCAGGGAAAGACUCGAAUUACCAGAAUGUCGCCACUGCCGUCGGGGGCUACGUGAGCCUGCAAUUAGACACAGAAAAUGAUAUCUUCAUUGGAAUCGCAGCACCUAAUUCAUCGGUCUGGACUGGGAAGUACGGUUUCGAGAUCGCAGCUUCCGUGGACGAUUACUUCCAUUCCGUUGAUUUUAACGACCCAAUGCUUUGGUUUAUCGACGCUGAUCAGUCCACCGCGCUGCUGGUGACGAAUAACAUGACGCAAUCUGCUAGAGGCUCGGAGAACUAUCAGCAGUGGAUGAAUGUCACUCCGCCUUACACAAUGUUUGCCCACGAUAUCAACAACACGGCGCUGGUCGGCCUGGAACGAUCGUACUGUGCACUGAACGACUUGUCACAAGUCGGUCGCAUCAGCAAUUCGACCGAAGUUGGUAUGACAAGCCGAGGCUUGGGCAAUAAGCCCAAGGAACAAUUCUAUCUCACGGGCCUGUCGGCUAAAUCCACAUAUAACGGCAUUUUAGCCAUGGAUGGCAACGGGACCAAAUCAGGCAAUGGCAUCGUCAACGGUGGUGGGAAGGUCUAUAAGUCGAUGAAUUUCACGACCAAGGCUGAUGACAAUUGCGCUGUUUUGUUCAACCUCACAUUCUGCUCGGAGGUCGCCUACGCCGUUCCGUCUCACCCAGGCAUGAACGUCAGCACACUGAGAGAUAUCUACGACGACUAUGCUCAGAAGUACAUGCGAAACUUCGACAAGUCCCUUCAACAAGUCCAAUGCAAUACCUCGAAGGAAUCGAUGUUCUCCCUCGCGGUCAACUGCGAAGACUGCGAAAAAGCAUACAGACAAUGGCUGUGCAGUGUGACCAUCCCCCGCUGCGCAGAUUUCAGCAACAAUGCCCCUUAUCUGCAGGUCCGCAACGCAGGACAGGAUUUCAUCAAUGGCAGCUCUUUGCCCGCGAAUAGUUCAUACCGAAAACACAAAGCAACGAAUAACUCGCGCAACCACCUGAUCGACGAAAAGAUCAAACCUGGACCUUAUAAAGAGAUUCUUCCGUGCAAGGACAUCUGCUAUGAUCUUGUGAAGAAAUGUCCCUCGUCUUUGGGUUUUGGAUGUCCGGAAGGCAAAUGGAUGAAUAGCUCCUAUGGAUAUCGUGAUCCUAAUGGUGAUAUCACCUGCAGUUACCUGGGAGCUGCGUACUAUCUGAAUGUGGCUGCGAAGAUGGGAGUCUGGGCUAGUGUGUACAUGCUGAUGGCCAUGUGGGGGUUUUGGUGGGCCAUUUGGUAG